AUUGCACCAUGGCGUCCGUGUAUUUUGCUUUUGUAGUGCUCCCUCUCAUCGUUCCCUUUAUCCACAUCAGCGAAGCCCACAUCGACAGGGCCCACUUCGCGCCCAUCAUCGACGGCCUCACGAAACACAGCGGUGAAAGAUCCCUCCAUGGCACGACCCGCACGGCCAUCGUCUGCUCUCCUCCCCAUCUGUGUAUUCUCCGUCAGGUGGAGAGGCCUCAUUUCUGGACAGGCAGCUUCAGGCCGAAUUUGAGGAUGACGAGCUUAACCAGCCCCUCAUUGACGAGCUUACGGACUACUCUCAGCUUUGUUAGCCUUCUAUCGAGCUUUUGUCCACAGAUGCAGAUGCAAAUUCAUCCCAUCUGUGUGUGCAGACUGCUACGUGCGCAAUCAGGCCGGCACUUUCGUCAACGAGGUGUGCGCUGGCAGAAUCACCUUUCACAAGUGUGAGCCCCUACGGUAUGAGCUACGACGAGGACACCCAGUGCUGCGUCUACUACGCCAGAGAGUGCCCUGGGAGCGUCGUGAUGGUGCCCAGAUUGGUAUAUAUCGACAGUGUCACAUUACAGCACGCGCCCAUUGUAUGUAUCGUUGGUGUUGUUACUCGCCCAGCUGCCACCUUACAAGGGGACACUCAAGCAAGGACGCUGCACCGUGCAGGGAUUGAUGGGCCCGUGGUGAGGGGUGUCUUAGAGUUGACACCACACGCACCGCAUGCAUCAGUUCACUCAUGGAUUGAUCUGCUGGUUCUUGUGUCAGGUACACAGAGAUGAGCUGCCAAGACCCCCGAUUCCCCCCCUUCUGAAACACACACUGGGUAUUUAUUGAACUUUUUUGAACUCGCAUACACGCACAGCACACUUGUAAGUUACCUAAGGGCAAACCUGUGGCUGCCUGGCCAGGCUGAUCCGGCAAGAAGGAAAGGAUCCGAUCGAUGAUGUGCUGUUUUCGGUUUUGCCGGCCUUCUGGUGGGUGGGCGGGAGAGACAGGUAUG